CUGUGGCGGGUGCGACUGUGGAAAACAAGAGGCUGCCAGUGCCCGGUGGGGGAACCAUUCGGCGGCAGCAGCAGGCGGACGCGUCACCCACGCCGGAGCCCAGCAGCUGUCGUGCUCCGCGUGCAGGGACCCGCCGCCGCCAUGGGCAAGGGCGACCCCAACAAGCCGCGGGGCAAGAUGUCUUCGUACGCCUACUUCGUGCAGACAUGCCGCGAGGAGCACAAGAAGAAGCACCCAGACUCCUCCGUCAACUUCGCUGAGUUCUCGCGGAAGUGCUCGGAGCGGUGGAAGACCAUGUCCGGCAAGGAGAAGGGCAAGUUCGAGGAAAUGGCAAAAGGAGACAAAGCUCGUUAUGACAGGGAGAUGAAGAAUUACGUUCCCCCCAAAGGCGAGAAGAAGGGAAAGAAAAAGGACCCCAAUGCCCCCAAAAGGCCACCAUCUGCCUUCUUCCUCUUCUGUUCCGAGCAUCGCCCAAAGAUCAAGACGGAACAUCCUGGCCUGUCUAUUGGGGACACAGCCAAGAAGCUAGGUGAAAUGUGGUCUGAGCAGUCAGCCAAAGAUAAACAGCCAUAUGAACAGAAAGCAGCAAAACUAAAGGAGAAAUACGAAAAGGAUAUUGCAGCAUAUCGUGCCAAGAGCAAGAGUGAUGCGGGGAAAAAGGGUCCAGGUAGGCCUGCAGGAUCUAAGAAGAAGGCAGAGCCAGAAGAAGAGGAUGAGGAGGAGGAAGAUGAUGACGAGGAGGAGGAGGAGGAAGAGGACGAGGAGUAAAUAGUUCUUCUGCUGUAAAGAUUUCUGCUCAAAGCCCAAUGUUUUGCUAAGAAUGUGAACUCAAGUGCAGCUCAUUAGCUUCAGUAUAAAAACUGUACAGAAUUGUGUAUAGGUAAUGUGAUUCUCUGUAGGGAGACCUAUAUUUUUUAAUGUAAGUGGUAGCUGAGGGCUGCUACACUUCAGUUUGGGGCGGAGGGAGGACCUGAUGUCGAAUGUUUUUUGCAUAUUUAAUGGUUUUUUUGAAAUUCAGUGACUUUUAGCCUGAUACCUUGUUUCUUUUCUUGGGUUUUUUUUGUUUGUUUUUAGCAAAGUCAAACAAAGAAGGUAGCAUAAUAGCUGAUCUUAUAUUUUGUAGGAUACUGCCUUGUAUUACUUUUUUUAACAACUUUUGUAAUAAAAUGAUGUACAUGA